AUGGAAGCUAAAGUCCAUGAAGCCACAAACAACGAAGCCUGGGGUGCCUCUAGUACUUUGAUGCUUGAAAUCGCUCAAGGAACUUUCAAUUAUCAAUACUUCAAUGAAAUCAUGCCUACUCUCUACAAACGAUUCACGGAAAAAGAAGCUAGUCAAUGGAGACAAAUUUACAAGGCUCUUGUCUUAUUGGAAUAUUUAGUCAAGAAUGGUUCUGAACGUGUUGUAGAUGAUGCUCGAUCACAUAUCUCCAUGAUCAAAAUUAUGAGAAACUUUCAUCAUAUAGAUGAAAAAGGAAAAGAUCAAGGUAUCAACAUUCGCAAUCGUGCAAAGGAAUUGGCGGAUUUACUUAGUGAUAUAGAUAGAAUCAAAGCUGAACGAAAAAAGGCACGACAAAAUCGCAACAAGUAUACCGGUGUUGGGUCAGAAUCUACUUCUUUCGGUAUGGGAUCUGGUGGAGGUGGAUUUAGUAGCUCAAGUGGAUCUCGUUUUACUGGAUUUGGCAGUGACUCAUUACCUACUAUGGGUAGUGGUGGUGGAUUCAGCAGUUCAGGCAUUGGUAGCAAUGGCUUUUAUGAUGAUGAUGAUAUUGGCGGUAAAUACGAUGAUGAUGAUGAUGUCGAUGUGAGCCGUUCUUCCAAGAAAACAACAACAGUUAGCAACCCAUCAAGUCCUAUUCAACGAUCUCAACCUGCAACAGCUAAGGAAGCCAAUUUGUUUGAUUUCGGUGAUAGUGAACCUAGCAAUGAACAAAAAGUGGAUGAUGAUUGGGGUGAUUUUGCCACUGGUGGUACUAGUAAUGGAAAUGAUGAUUUUGAUGAUUUUCAAAGUGCACCUGCAGUAUCAAAUACAGCGAAAACAACUGUUCAAACAUCAGCAACAACAGCAAAGAAGAAUGAUUUGUUUGAUUUAUUGGGUGACGACACAUUUACUUCAUCUUCAGCAGCACCCACAUUUGUAUCACCAUCGAUGGUAGCUUCUCAACCUUCGUUACUUGACCAACAAACCAAUACAUUUACAACAUCUUCGUCAUCAUCUCGACCUAUGACUCCUAGUAGCAACAUGACAACAUCAUCCAAUGUAUCUACUAACAACAACAACAAUAACAAUAAAAAAUCUGAUCUUCCAGGAGGUAUUUGGUCUCAAGCAUCUGGUUUUGUAUCUUUGGAUUCUUUGGGUAAAAAUAAUCAAACGAACAAGACAAGUACUGGACCUUCUAUGAAUGCUAUGAAAUCUACAAGUGUCAAUGCUGGUUGGAAUAAUUGGGCUUCUGCUAAUUCUUCACCUUUGAUGACUCCUCAACAACAACAACAACAACAACAAAAAUCAUCUUCUCCAUUUGAUGAUCUUUUAUCUUAG